UAAACGCCCGCAGCGCAUCAGGUGGCAACCGUGUGUUCCUACACCAAGCAAAACAACUAUUAUUAUUAUUAAAUCCAGCACAAAGUUCAAUGAUUUUUAGGUCCUCUGCACACUCACAAUUCGAACAGCAAGCACUGGCACAGCGAUAAGUAUGAACUAAGGUCUGUCCACGCGAGAUGGCGGCGAUAAAGAACAUCACCCUGGGCAUUCUGUACGGCCUGUGGGACAGCAUACGUGGCAUGACACUGGUCCUGCACAUCGACGACGAGGUGAACCGCCAGAAUGCCGAGCAGGAGCACCGCCAACAGCUGCGCCGCACCGACAAGGAUCGUUACGAACGCGCGAGGAGAUCACCGUCACCAGUGCCCAGUUCCGCGGCUGCCAUGAUUCGGGAGGAGUACGCCAAGCAGGCGGAGGAGAACGCCGACGAGCGGACGCUGGAGAAGAUCCUGGGCAAGAAGCCAGCUGCCCAGGAUCAACAGCCGCAGGGGGAGAAGAAGAUCGCCAAGAAGCUCUUCAAGUGCUGCAUGCUCAAUGGCGGUUUCACCUGGCUGAGCAUCGUCCUGUUCGAGAACGCUCUGCUGCCCACGCUCAAAUUCUGCCUUACCAUCUUCUAUGGAGCCCAUUCCGAGACCCUGCCGGUGGUUUGGGGCUGGCUGCAUCCCAUACUGUCCCUGCUCUUCGGCAUGAUGUGGGUGCUGCCCAUAUUCAUGCUCUCCAAGAUUGUGAGCUCACUGUGGUUCGCGGACAUAGCCAAUGCCGCCUAUCGCGUGAGAAAGGGUCGCCCGCAGCUCAUCCCCGGGAUCAGCAAACUGGUGGCCGACUUCCUCUUCAGCAUGGUGGUGCAAAUGCUGUUCCUGGUCCAGAGCAUGCUGGUUAACCUAGUGCCCGUGAAAUAUGUCGGCUCCUCGCUGUGCUUCGUGCAUCUGUGCCUGCUGUACUCACUGUACUCCUUCGAGUACAAGUGGUUCAACAUGGGCUGGGAGCUGCAUAGACGCCUCACCUACAUUGAGAAGAACUGGCCCUAUUUUUUUGGCUUCGGAAUACCGCUCACCGUGCUGACCAAUCUGUCCAGCUCGGUGAUCGUCAGCAGCUGCAUCUUCUCCAUCUUUUUUCCCCUGUUCAUACUCAGCGGCAAUGAGGCAAAGCCCAUUGUGGACACCACUGAGGUCUCCCUGCGUCUCUUCUCGCCGGUGGUCUUCAUAUCGAACCUCUGCUUCGGCGGCAAUCCGUGGAGCAAGGCCAAUCGACUGAGUGCCAUGCAGCGGCAGCAGUAUGAGCUGCAGCAGCGCCAGCGUUUGCUCCAGCGGGACGAGCAGCUGCUCAAGCAGCGCAAGCAGCAAUAUGUGCAGCAGCAACGGCUGCAACAGGAGCAGCUGCUGCGACGCGAUCGCUCGCAUUCGCGGUCACAGACACCACAGCUGGGACAGCCGCAUCGCUACGCCCAGGCGCCCGUUUUCGAUGCGGGUCGGGUGCGCGAUUCCUCCGCCUCGUCCACGCACAGCUCCAAUGCGCCGAGCAUCAAUAGCCAUCGGCCGCCGCCUUAUUACGGGAGCUCGCUGCGCGGAGCUGCGCCUUUGGUGCCCACUCCUGUGCCCGGUGCACCGAGAGCUCCGCUAACCCCGCCCGUGAUACGCCAGGAGUCGGGGCCCGAUGACUGGAACUUGUGAGAUUUAUGCUUAUA